AUGUCGACUGAGACGACAAGAAUAAUCCUCUCUCUUUUGCAACCGCAGCAAACAGAACUGGUUCUCCCAAACGGCUUCCAGGUGCAGAUUCUUGAUUCUCUAUCGGAGAUUGCCUGCUCUCCGUCUAGCUCCGUGAAGAAAUUCCAGUACGCUGCCUUUAUUCGAGAAGAAAGUAUUCUUCUCGUGUGGCAUGAUGAACUAGACAGGAUAUUGGUACAUGCAGAGAAUGUGGAAGGGAAACUCCUCUCUUUCAUCUGUGGAACCUCAGGCUCAGUAUUUGCCCCAUCCGUCAAUGCUCAUCCUCUCCAGCGCUCAUCCCUCACCUCGCCUGCCGAGUCUACACACCAUGUUAUCUCAACUUGGAACAAGGAAGCAACCACGCCUGCAAACCAAACAUUUGGCUCCUCGGACGAAGAAGCUGCGGCUCCCAUUGAGUCAUUGGACCGGCCGCUCGCCUUGACAAGUUCAAUCUUUGUCGGUCUAGCGAUGUGCUUGAUUAUUGUUCUUCUCUUGGGAUUUGGAGUUUCUAAUCUAUUGCUCCAAGUUUUCAUCGAUGGGAAUUACAUAAGGUUAGCGUUGGCUGCGACCAUUCCAAUCUUUAUGCUCUUCAGCAUAUUUUUUGUCAUUGUAAUUUUCACCGACAUUUUCCAAGCGAUUGGCCCUAUAAAGACUUUGAAGACGAACUCCCGGUAUUACUCCGCGCUAAGGCCCGAUCUAUCUCAUGCCUACUCUCUAGGCUUUAAACCGCCGAGGCUUACGAUACAAAUGCCAGUCUACACUGAGUCAUUGAAUGGCGUUAUCAUUCCAACUGUGACCAGCUUGAAGGCGGCUAUAUCCCAUUACGAAUCUCACGGAGGCAGUGCCUCGAUUUUUAUUAAUGAUGAUGGACUCGCAUAUCUCUCUGAAGAACAACGAGAAGAACGCAUCAACUUUUAUCAUGACAAUAAUAUUGGCUGGGUGGCACGACCUAAAAAUAAUGACAAUGGCUACAUUCGGAAGGGCAAAUUCAAAAAAGCCUCUAAUAUGAAUUUCGCGUUAAAUGUUUCGAACAAGGUGGAGGAUAGGCUCCUUGAGAUGCUAUCAGAUACAUUGGAAACGACGGAUAUGAUAGAGGCGAGCCAAGAAGAGCACCUCUACCAGCUGGCCUUAAAUGAGGUUCUUGCCUCCGACAGUCGUGUUUGGGCGGCUGGGGACAUACGCAUCGGGGAAUCAAUCCUCAUCGUGGACUCGGAUACUCGAGUGCCGGUAGACUGUUUACUAUAUGGGGCUGCCGAAAUGUUUCUCAGCCCAGAGGUUGCAAUUGUUCAACAUUCGACUGGUGUCAUGCAAGUCUCCGAGGAUUAUUUUGAAAACGGGAUCACAUUCUUUACGAAUUUAAUCUACUCUGCGAUCAGGUUUGCGGUUGGAAGCGGCGAAACUGCCCCAUUUGUUGGGCAUAAUGCUUUUCUUCGCUGGAAGGCGGUUCAAUCUGUAGGCAAACCAGAUGACGGCUAUGUAGCCUAUUGGUCCGAAAGCCAUGUGUCAGAAGAUUUUGAUAUUGCGCUUCGGCUACAAAUAGGCGGUAACAUUGUGCGCCUCGCGAGCUAUCAUGGCGACGAGUUCAAAGAGGGUGUCUCCUUGACCAUUUAUGAUGAAUUGGCGCGCUGGGAGAAAUAUGCAUAUGGAUGCAAUGAGCUUGUCUUCAAUCCAAUCCAUACCUGGCUUUUUAGAGGUCCUUUUACUCGACUUUUUAUGACAUUUCUUUGGUGUAAGCUACCAUUGUCAUCCAAGAUAACUAUCCUGGGAUAUAUUUCUUCAUUGUUCCUUGGCCUUAUCGUUGUCUUCCCUCUGUUCGGCAAUGUCUCUCUCGCCAUUAUCCGCUAUCGUCUAGGGGAAAAAAGCUUAUGGGGCGCCCUCGUUGAAAACUUCAAAUGGGUGCCCAUGAUGGCUAUAUUUUUCGGUGGCAUCUCCUUUCAUCUCAGCUUGGCAAUUCUCUCACAGAUGUUUCGCAUCAAUAUGGAAUGGGGAGCAACCGCGAAGGAGAAAGAUGAUUCAAAUUUCUUUAAAGAAAUGCCCAAGAUCUUCAAGGGAUUCAAAUGGAUGUAUGCGGUCAUCAUACCUCUUAUCGGUGGCAUGGUGUACCUAGGUUGCUUUGCUCCUAGGGGCUGGGAGAUCACUGAGAUUGCAGCAGUGGUGCCCAUGGCAGUGACCCUAUCUUCACAUGCUCUUCUUCCCUUGCUCCUAAACCCUUCACUGAUGAUUUUCAACUACUGA